AGCGCAGCAGCGCAGCUUUGGACGCGCUCGAAUGUCUGUGUUAUGAGACGGAUUUGGGAGGUAGCUAUCAGGACUCGACAUUUGUUUGCUAAGUGGGUUACACAAACUAUUCACUGACAGCGAAGUGAGGACACCACACCGCAACUUCGCUUCGGUUGGCUUAAAAAGAAAUCCCGCUGGAGCUGACACAUAAUGUUUCCAGCCAGCAGAUAUUCAAGUAAAGCCCACAGGUGUAUCAGGGCAUUGAAGACUGUACAGACAGAACAUGCUGCCCCUCAGCUGUACUCAUUACACAGAAGGAAAUGCUCUUCGGUGUCAACACCCCGCAUCACAACACACUACACCGUCCAUUCGCGAGAUAAAGAUUCAAGAUGGGAAGGGAUCGAAAUGGAAAGGUUUGCCGAUGAGGCAGAUGUGGUGAUAGUUGGUGGAGGCCCUGCCGGUCUUUCCGCAGCCAUUCGUCUGAAGCAGCUAGCUAACGAACAUGAGAAGGAGCUGAGAGUGUGCCUUGUGGAGAAGGCUUCUCAGAUUGGAGCACACACCCUGUCAGGAGCCUGUGUGGAGCCCACUGCCCUCAGCGAACUCUUUCCUGACUGGAAGGAACGAGGAGCACCCAUGAACACUCCAGUGACUGAAGAUGUGUUCAACAUUUUAACGGAGAAACACAGAAUCCCUGUCCCCAUUUUGCCAGGUCUGCCCAUGAGGAACCAUGGUAACUACAUUGUGAGGCUGGGGAACUUUGUGCGCUGGCUGGGCGAGCAGGCCGAGGAGCUCGGAGUGGAGCUGUACCCUGGUUAUGCCGCAGCUGAGGUUUUGUUUCAUGAAGAUGGAAGUGUAAAAGGAAUUGCCACCAAUGAUGUAGGCAUCGCUAAAGACGGCUCACCAAAGGAUGUCUUUGAGAGAGGAAUGGAGCUCCAUGCUAAAGUCACGUUGUUUGGAGAGGGCUGUCAUGGCCACUUGGCCAAGCAGCUAUACAAGCAAUUCAACCUGCGUGAGAACUGUGAACCCCAGACCUACGCCAUUGGCCUGAAGGAGGUAUGGGUGAUUGAUGAGAAGAAGUGGAGGCCAGGCAGAGUGGAGCAUUCUGUGGGCUGGCCCCUGAACAGAAACACAUAUGGAGGAUCCUUCCUGUAUCACCUGAAUGAAGGAGAGCCACUAGUUGCCUUGGGCUUUGUGGUUGGUCUAGACUACACAAACCCUUACCUGAGCCCCUUUAGGGAGUUCCAGCGCUGGAAACAUCAUCCCUUUGUAGCUCCCACACUGGAGGGAGGCAGCAGAAUUGCAUAUGGAGCCAGGGCAUUGAACGAGGGAGGAAUGCAGUCUAUACCGAAGCUGACUUUCCCUGGAGGGCUAUUGAUAGGCUGCAGCCCCGGCUUCAUGAACGUCCCAAAGAUUAAAGGCACGCACACAGCCAUGAAGAGUGGCAUGCUGGCGGCUGAGGCCAUUUUCCCCAAAGUCACCGCAGAGGGCCUGGAUUCCGAGACAACAGGACUCCAUGUACCCGAGUACACUGAGGCUUUAAAGAACUCGUGGGUCUGGAAAGAGCUGCAUUCAGUGAGAAACAUCCGGCCGUCCUUCCACAAUUACUUUGGCCUGUAUGGUGGCAUGAUCUACACUGGAGUUUUCUACUGGAUCUUCAGAGGAAAAGAGCCGUGGACACUCAAACACGCUGGCCUUGACGCCAACCAGCUGAAACCGGCUAAAGAGUGUACACCUAUUGAAUACCCCAAGCCUGAUGGAAAGAUCAGCUUUGACCUGCUCUCCUCUGUGGCCCUGAGUGGCACCAACCACGAGGGGGACCAGCCCCCCCACUUGACCCUAAAGAAUGACAGCGUCCCGGUGGAAAGGAACCUGGCCAUAUACGAUGGGCCCGAGCAACGUUUCUGCCCUGCAGGUGUGUACGAGUACGUUCCCCUGGAAACUGGAGAUGGGAUGAGAUUGCAGAUAAACGCUCAGAACUGCGUCCACUGUAAGACCUGUGAUAUCAAGGACCCAAGCCAAAACAUCAACUGGGUUGUGCCUGAAGGCGGCGGAGGACCAGCCUACAAUGGAAUGUGAACUUCGGUUUUUAAAGACUUUUUGUCUAGAAAGAUAACUCUAAAGUAUCAUUCAGGGUUGCAGUACUUUCCAGGGAUGGAAAAUGUGCCUAAGUAUACAACAAAAAUGUUUUAGAAAAAAAGCAAGGAUAUUAAUACAACUGCAUUUUGUUAUAGACAUGAAUACUUAACUUACACAGUGGAAUAUCAACUUUAAAAUGUGGUAAAUAUAGGACCAUAUAUGAAACGAUUCACAUUUUGCCGUUUUUGCCUCACUGAUUCCCCAUUUUGGGCAUUUAAAUUAGUUUGAAAGUGGCUCUUUUGUCUUUGAAAAAAAAACUACUUGAUUAACUGUAAUAGAAGAAGCAAACGGGCUGUUCUCAAAUUAAGGUUUAUUUUUGCAUUUCUUCCAGGUAUAUUUGGACAGUAUUUAAUCCAUAUUGUACAUAAAAUCAUUAGAUGAUAUCACAGUAAUGAAUAAAGAACUCUUGACUGUUA